AUGGGUAGGUUCGGGUCCCAGACCAGUACCUAUAACAGGCUGGUGGCUAUUUUCGUCGCAAUUGGGUCUAUGACAUAUGGAUAUUGCACGUCGGUUAUUUCUAGUACGAUCGGCCAGCCGGGAUGGUAUACCUACUUCAACCUCCCAGCUGAUGGAGAACCGGGAUACGCCACGAUCACGACUCCCGCAAUCUCAACAGCCAAUGGUGUUUUCAGUGCCGGCGGCGCUGUUGGUACACUCUUUAUAAUGUGGUCGUGUGACUUCUUUGGUCGGAAGGCGAACAUUCAGUUUGGGGCCUUCUUUUCGCUGUUUGGAGGAGCUCUUCAGGCUGGCUCCAACUCGUUGCCCAUGUUCCAAGCUGGACGUUUCAUCUGCGGUCUAGGAAUCGGUAUUCUAGUAACCGUCUGCCCUAUGUACCUUUCCGAGAUGUCGAGCGCCCUGCGUCGUGGCUGGCUUGUUGGUCACCACGCGAUCUUCCUCGUCUUUGGCUACAUGCUUUCUGCGUGGGUUGGCUAUGCUUGCUACUAUGCAACAGGCUCCUUAUCUGGAUUUGGCUGGAGGUUCCCUCUGGCUUUGCAAUGUCUGCCACCAGUGAUGUUGCUGCUAGGAUCUCCGUGGCUUCCGCGCUCGCCUCGUUGGUUGAUCUCGAAGGGCAAAUUUGACGAAGCGCAACACGUUCUGAUCAAGCUUCGCGAAUCACAAGAGGACCCAGAUAACUUGGUUGCCAAGGAGGAGUUCUUCCAGACAAAAGAGCAGAUUCGACUCGAGGCCGAGAAAAUGGCCCAGUACGGCAAUGUGUGGAAGGCGGUAUUCAAAAAGAAGACUUACCGAAAGCGCAUGGCGAUCGGUUUCCUUACCCAGUGGGGUGCUGAAUUCGGUGGUCCUUUGAUCAUUAACAACUAUGCGGUUCUAUUGUAUACCAACUUGGGCAUGAAAGGUGGUAUGCCUUUGCUUCUGAGUGCCGUUUGGCUGACAACAGCUGGUGUAAUCUAUAACCCUCUCGGUGCCUGGCUUCACGAUAAGGUCAACUCUCGGCGGGGAAUGUACAUGACAGGCUUCGUAGGCAUCAUUGUCACUACUUCUUGCCUGGCUGCAAUGACCGCUCAGUAUUCGGGUACUACCAACAAGGUCGGAAAUGGAUUUGGUAUCUUCUUCAUGUACCUGUAUCUGGCUUUCCAGGGUACAUUCUGUGACACUACCAUGUACCUCUACGUCUCUGAGAUUUUCCCAACUGAGAUUCGUCCAAUUGGCAUGGGUUUCUCUCUGUUUGGUCAAUUUGCAUCCACUAUCAUUCUCCUUCAAACCGCUCCUAUGGGCUUCAACAAUGUUGGCUGGAAAUACUAUCUGGUCAUUAUCUGUUGGUCUGUAUUCUUCAUCCCAGUGAUCUACUUCUUCUUCCCGGAGACUGCCCGUCUCACCCUGGAGGAAAUCGCACAGAACUUCGGCGAAGAGGUCGCUGUUCAUUUAACCGAUAAGACCGACGAAGAGAAAGCUCAGCUUGACCGCCAACUUGCUCAUUCCGGUGGAGUCCUCCAGCCGUCCGUGACCUCAAGCUCUGGAAGGGAGGCCGAGAAAGACGACAUCCCCUCGCCGGUAGAGCAGGGUGGAUCAAACACGACGAAAGCGGAAUAA